AUGUAAGUCCGUGUUCAACAUAAUGACUGCGAAGGCGAUCAUAUGAAUCGUGUCCCAGCCUCCUCUGAAUUGCUUCGUUCGCUUCGGAUUGCACUUGGCGUAGUGCUGGGCGAACUCUUGAAUAAUUUUGUCUAUUUUUUCCGCUUCUUUCGGUAGGAAAAAGUACUGCAUCGCUUUUCGGAGUGCUACGUCAACUUCCAUUCCACGAACGUCGAUUUGCCCGAUGAAGUAUUUCAAUACACAUGAAUGGAACGUUGAGUGUAACGUUGCUAUGUAUUCGCCGAUCAUUUGCUUGCUGAGACCGCGCCUACCAAAGAGUAAGUUUGCCAGCGAUUCUGCCGAAUCAUCCACGAAUCGCCAAGCAGUCAACAACUGCACCCCCCGUUCGGGCUUUUUGUUGAAAAAAUUGAGGGCUAUACGAUACUGUCGCUUCCGUUCUUGCUCGUUGUGAUAUGUCGGUCGGUGAAUCAAUUGUUCGGGUUCACUGAAACGGCAAACAACAGUGAGUAA